ACUGUCAUUUCAUUUGUGUACAGUGUAAUGUUAUUGUUUUUAUUUGCCGCAUUUCGUUAGAACUAAAAGCAAUAAAAAUGUCAUUGUCGGAUUUAAAACAUACUUUAAGAAAAUUAGAAUUCCCUGCAUGUGCAAAGGAAGCUUUAAUUAAAAUAGAGCAAUUGCUGGUCGGGCGCGCUGCACCAACCAGCAAACAACUUGACAUAGCUAUGGACGUGAUAUCUGAAUUUGUAUUUUGUGAAACUGAUCGUCGGGGAAACCGACGUGGUUUAAAUCCGCUUCAAGAAUUGCAACUCAUAGAUAUCAUUUGUGACUAUCUUUCAGCAUGCACGAACGAUACCACUAAGAAUACCAUAUUCCUCUCACUUUUUGGGGGCAUGGAAAAUCAGAGAAAGUUAAAAGUUCUUAGCAUUCUUGCUAGCAUGGCUGUUUCAGCUUCUAGUACACCUGUAUUAUUAGCAGUGGGUGUAUGGCUGCAGCAAAUGGGAUGUUCAUCUCAGCAAUCUUUACAAUUAGUAGAGAAUGUAAUCAAAGACCAUUUUUUCUUAAACACUUCUAAUCAGCUUGCUCUGAAGUCAUUAGCCACAACAGCACCACAGUUUGUUUCCAACUUUAUUACUGCUGUGACUGAAUUGUACAUGCAUGACUUGCAAAAAGCUAAGAAAAUGCCACCAAAGAAUUUGCUAGAAGUUAUAACAUCUUGGGUUUAUUCAAAUCCAUCAUUGUGCAUGUCGGCACAACUGAAUCCUGCUGCUUUGCCAAGUGGUUCUAUACCAAUGGCAGCUGUCACUCCGCUCGCAGGUCUCAUACAUUGGUGUGCCCUAGCACCACUUUAUAUAGAUGAUGAUACAGAAAUGGAAGAAAUACCAAUAAAAAAGAUUAAAUUAGAAGAUGAAAAACCAUCAAUAGUUAAAUCACUACCAAGCAAAGCUCUCUCAGAGUCAGAGCUAUAUAUUAAGUUGCACCUUGGAGUAUUACACAGCUUGCGAGCUGGACGGCGUACACAUGGACCUCCCACAGCAGUAAAUGCACAGCAUUUGGCAGCUUUAACCCCAUUGGUGCAGGCUUAUGCACACCAACUACUCAAGUUUGGUGUUAAAUUGCAAAGUGAAACCAAAUUGCAGGAUUGUUUAGAUAGAAUAGGUCAAGCGGUGCAAGUAGCACUUGCUAAUGGCUGCGUGUAUGGUAACAUCAGCAAUCUUCUUGCUGCUUUAGAUACCUUGCCAGAGAACAGGUUGCUGCGAAUCAUAAUUAAAAGCCAUCAGCAAAGCAUAUGACGAAUGCUUUGAGAUUAGUGAAAUGGCUAAGCAAAAACU